ACUUCGGGUAGCCUCAGAAGGAUCUGACAGCCGUUGUCUCUGAAGCUUAUUUACAGUACGUACUUAGAGGGCGUUUCUGCGACGAUGGCUACCGCGGCCGCGCCAGACAGCCGGCCGGGCGCCAAGGCGAUCAGGAGGUUCCGGUGCGCCGUCAUGGUAACCGGCCUGGCGAAGAGCUGGCAGACCUGGGCCACCAAGAACUCGGAGAGACAGGAGUCCGUUCCCGCCGGGUGGGUCCCCGACUCGGUCCAGGAGGACGUGAAUAAAGAGAAGAGGGUGCGCAGCGAGGUGAAGCAUGCGGUCAAGGCCCGGGCGGUGGAGGCCGACGGCGGGGAGGACGGGUGCGGGAUCAGGACGGGCGCGGUCACCAGGACCGUGGAGCCCGUCCGGAGCGCCUGCGCCAGCGGCGUGGUCGGCGCCGUCAAGGAGAAGAUCGACGGCGGCCAUCUUGGCUCGGAGGAAGUGAAGCCCUUCCUGGGCGGGGAGUCGCCCACCAGGCGGCGGCACUGCUCCUCCAAGGCCAGCGGGGGGCUGAGGGCCUGGGCGCAGCUGGGGAAGGAGGUGCGGAGGAUGGGCUCCCGCAGCAGCAGCCUGGACACCGAGGACAGCGGGCUGGGGGAGGAGGCCGGGCUCAGCGACAACAGCGAGGAGCAGGAGAGUCCCCGCAAGAGCAGGCCCAAGAUCCGCGUGAGCUCCAUGGGGGACCUGAAGGCCAAGUGGGCCCAGUGGUCCCAGCAGCACAUCGACGGACAAAAACUCAACCCCUUCAGCGAGGAGUUCGACUACGACCUCGCCAUGUCCCAGCGCCUCCAGAAGGGCGACGAGGGCUACGGCAAGCCCAAGGAGGGCACCAAAACGGCCGAGCGGGGCGAGAGGGCCCAGAGGCACAUCCGCAGGGAGAUGGACGACAUGUGCUACAUCAUCCGGGACAUGGGCCGCGUGGGCGAGGACGGCAGGAUCUGCAUGACCUUCGGGAGGCUCUUCGGCCGCUACGUGAAGAUCUCCGACAAGGUGGUGGGCAUCCUCCUACGCUGCAGGAAGCACGGGAUGCUGGACUUCCCCGGCGAGAUGCUGUGGCAGGGGCAGGACGACGACAUCAUCAUCACCCUCCUGGACUGACAGGGGAUCCCAUCCGGGAAGAGGCACCUCUGGGCCGCCUGGCUUCCUUGGCUCAGCCCCAGGGGGGGACUACGAAUAGAUUUACUCCAAAACACUCUCUGCUCUCUCGAUGCUAUCACUGCCAAAUAUCGCCCCACUUUGUUUCUAAGUCAGCCUUCCAAGGCUUAAUUUGGCUGCCGAUUUGAAAUAAAAUGUUACAAGAACCAGCAGAGACUGCAGCUCUCCAGGACUGGAGUCUGAGACCCCCAAAAGGGAGUGGGAAAGGAAAUGUACGCUUAAGUACGCAAUAAAUGCACAUACAUUUGAUAUGAUAUGAAUUACACUCCCUCUGCAGGAGGGCUGCAGGAUUAUAUGAACAUGAGUGAAUGACUGAAAGAAUGAAUGAACGAAUGAACAAACGAAAGAAUGAAUGAUUAUUAAUUGUAUAUUCAUGCUGUAACAACAGCAGUGUGGUUAAGUUAUGGACGUGUGCUUGUAAAUCGAAAGGCGUGAGUUUGAUCCUGGCUGGAACAAUGCUGUCGUACCCUUGGGCAAGUACUCAACGUGAAUUGCUUCAGUAAAAUAUCCAGCAGUUUCAAUGGUUUGUAUGCAACAAAAUGUAAUCGGUUGUUGCUCUAGAUAAGUGUAUUUGUGCAUACAGUAGUGCAAAUACAUAAAACAGUGAUUGAGGUUUUUAAUGUAUAUCUUAUUGUACGCUCUAAUUUAAGUGAAGAAUUGGCUAUAGGAUUGUGCUAUCCAGAGCUGGUUGCUUGAUGUGAAAAUUUCUUUCAAAAUGAAAGCAUACGAGCCUUCUUACAGAAGGGCACUUGGCAUUUUGUAAAGUGUAACAUUGUUAUUUAUGAAUAAAUAUCUUUUUUCUCA